AUGAAUAUGUUGGAUGAUGAAGAUGACCAAAGCUUUCACGCUACGCGUGACGGCUACUCCCAUUUGAGCGAUGUCGAAUGGGAUGCGGUUGAACGAAUGGGUUCGACCAUGGGCAUCCAUGCUGUUAGCGUCAUGCUAGAGGCUCUCAAUAGAGAUGCCCAACAUGCUACUAUCGCCAAGUUCAUUCAAAAUGAACUUGACGCAGAACGCGAGAAAGUAGCCUUGCUUCACCAACAAGGUUCUCAACAAGCAGAGUUGUUGAGAGAACAGGGUGCUCUACAGUUUGAACUGUUGAGACAGCAGCAGGCUGCUGCUGGUGGGUCGAUGCACUCGCGUCGACCCGAAACCUUGAAGAUUGACAUCUCCAAGGCGCGUCGCAUCGACGACGGGGAUAUGCAAGUUGCAUUUGCCCAGUCAAAUCUGGCAGGACGUGCCAAGACUUGGGCACUGGGGCUCAAGUUGCACGACCCAUAUGCGUUUGGGUCGUUGGAAGUCUUCAAGUCGCGGCUCAGACAAACGUUUGAACCGCCUAGAGCUGAGUUCAGAGCUCGAACCGAACUCUUGAAGCUCACGCAGGGUAAGCGUGAUGUGCACGCUUACGCUCAACAUAUACGACAUCUCACGAGUUGUAUAAGUUCCAAUCCGGUGGAUGAACACACGUUGGUUUCGGUGUUCAUGCAGGGUCUUGCGGAUGGUCCCGUCAAGACUCACCUGUUCCGGCUUGAACUAGAUUCACUAGAACAAGCCAUUUCCAUUGCGGAGCAGGAAGACUUCAGUCUGAGACAGGCUCGCGCCAGCUCGACAUCAUAUCGUCAACCGAGACGAUAUGACAACGGAGGUCCAGAGCCGAUGGAACUCUGUUAUGUAGAGAGCGAGAAGGCUCGCUCUACAGGCUACAAGAAGUUGCAGAGAUGCAACAGAUGUCAAAAGACAGGACACUACGCUUACGAGUGUAGUGCCCCUCGUCCAGUGUCUCGCGACACUGGGCGUAGUGACCGUCCACCCAUGAGAAAGGGGCAGGGACGAGGGUCCGCUGUUGGUGCAAAGACGCAACAACGGGAUGGACCGUCAAAAAACGGACAGGACCAGUAG